AUGACUGCGUGGAACGUAUUUCGUUUCAUGGGAGACAUCUCCCAUCUCCUCUCCAAAUGCAUCCUGAUGAUUGCGAUACAUCGCAACAGGAGUGCUGAAGGUGUCUCCCUCAUCACCCAGGGUCUGUACGCCUUGGUCUUCUGCACGCGCUACCUCGACAUCUUCUCCGAACAAUCAGCAUGGAACUUCAUCUUCAAGAUAUUCUACAUUUCAUCAUCCUUCUACAUCAUCGGGGCCAUGCAGUGGAUCUUCCCCCGCACCAGAGAACGUGAGCUCUCGUGGAAGGUCGGCGCCGGCGUCUUCGGCCUCUCGCUCGUCUUGUCUCCCUUUGCCAUGCUCAUCUUUGAGAGCUGGUGGAGCUUCCGCGUCUGGCUUUGGGACUUCAGCCAGAUCCUCGAAUCCAUCUGCGUCCUGCCCCAGCUGCUCCUGCUUCGCCAGACCACCGUUCCGACCGUCAUCGACUCCUUCUACCUCGUCACUCUUGGCUCGUACCGUGGAUUAUACCUGAUCGGAUGGAUCACGCGUGAGCUCGACAUCAACGACAAGGCGCCAAACACGGUCUCCGUCAUCUUCGGCAUUAUCCAGACGGCGCUGUAUGUCGACUUCGCCUGGGUAUACUACACUCGCCAACGCGUCAAGCUCCGCAACGGUGGCAUUGUUGAUGCCGACGACCUGCGUAGAGGCUGGCUGCUCAACAGAAUCUUUGGAAAGCGCAUUGAUGCCCACUCCGACGACGAGGAGAGCGCCCCUGCUCUCGGCGACGACGAUGGCCAGGGCCGCCGCGGUGGUGGACGGCCCAAGUGGGGUGCCCGUGGCAUCUCAGUCAGCGCUGAUGAGGGUGUUCUGGAUACCGACCGGGACAACCAGCGCCGGGAUGAAGAGCUCGAGGAGGGUGUCAUUGACCCCGAUGCCAAGAUGCAGGAUCCCGACGAGCUCGCCCGUGUGCUGGACGAUGAUGAUGACGACGAUACGAACAAGGCGUCCGGAAGCAAUGGCACACCCGCCGGGAUCGACAACGGUUCUGAGUGGCGCAACUAG